UCUGGCAUCCUAUCAAGCAGAGCUCUGCCAUUCAUCCGCCAUAAGCUAAGAAGACAACAGUGAAGAAGCAGAGAAGGGCUGGCUCAGCAGGUUCAGACACUCAGUGCUCUUCCAGGGGACAGCGGUUGAAUUGGCAGCAGAGCGGGGAAGCUCACAACCCCUCCAGCUCUGGGGGAUCCAACCCCCUCUCCUGGCCUCUAUGGAGCAUCUGCACCUCCUCUCUGUCUCUGUAUCUCCUGUCACUCUCUGCCUCACACAUUCGAGCAAACACACACACACACAUGCACACACAAGCACAUACACACACACAUGCACAUAUACACAGAUAUGCACACACAUUCACAAUACAUAAACACACACACACACAGAGUAAAUUGUUUUAAAAUAGCAAAGCAGAGAAAAAAUUGUUUGAGGUGGCCACAUCUGGAAUAGGAAGAAAUGAAGAGGUUUGGUGACCCUCCCACCCACAAAGCCUGACCUGGGAUUUAGGUUCAAAUAUAGCAUAGGGCAAGAGGUAUGUGAACUGGGCAGUUCUGUCAGGGCGUGGUCUAGAACCACUGAUGAAGUGUCUCUGCUCCAGUCUGUCCAGCUGGCUGGUCUGAUAAAUUGUCAGAACUGUGUGAAAUCUCUUCUUGGGAGACAAGUUCUGGCGGGCAUCAGGACUUCAUCUUUUCUCUUUCCCUAGUUUAAGAUUCUUGGAGAAAUUCCAGUUCUUUGGGAUCCAUUGUUUGACUAGUCUGAUAGGCAGAGGGAGAGUCCCAAAUAUCUUUCGAUAACUUUGCUGCUGGAGGGGCUGUGUGUAAAACCCUGGGUUAAGGCUGUUCGUGCUGGGCCUUAGAAUUCCUAUCGCUCUUGCCAUACUUUCUUCCCCCAGUCUGGGAUUACAGUGACCAGUGAUCUGCCCUUUCCGUGCAUAAGAACAACUGAGUCAGUUAGAGGUGCUCUCAAGACAGGUAGGGCUCAGGGCUGCGGGCAGAAGGAACUUACGCACACACUCUCCAGAGCCUAAGUCCCGUUGCUGUUAACCAUUACCCCAUGGCUUCCUUGCAGCGUCUUCAAGGAGGCGUGACCCGGGAGGGCGCAGGUGGGAGGGUCACCAGGUGUGAACCUUGCCCCUGCUCUCAAGUCCUGGGUCGCUAAUCCAGCUAUGGAGGCAGCUGCAGAUCUUCGAGACACGGCCUUGUUAACUCUGAAGUUUAAGUUUAAUCCAAGGCUGGGCAUUGACAAUCCUGUCCUCUCCCUGGCUGAAGACCAGGACCAAUCUGAUCCCUGGAACCAGCACCGGCCUCGCUUCUGUCUGCUGAGCAAAGAGGAGGAAAAGAAUUUUGGGUUCCAUCUGCAGCAGCAGCUGGGCAAGGCUGAGCACGUGGUGUGCAGGGUGGACCCUGGCACCUCCGCCCAGCGCCAGGGUCUCCGGGAAGGAGACCGGAUCCUGGCAGUGAACAAUAACGUCGUGGCACACGAAGACUAUGCAGUGGUAGUACGCCACAUCCGGGCCAGCGGUCCCCGGGUCUUGCUGACAGUCUUGGCACAACAUGCGCACGAUGUAGUACAAGCGCAGCAGGGGAGCGAUGCUUUCCUCUGCCCUACCCUAGGCUCUCGGGUCAGGCCCCGGUUGUGCCAUGUGGUAAAAGAUGAAGGUGGCUUUGGCUUCGGCAUCACCCAUGGAGCUCAGGGUCCUUUCUGGCUGGUGCUCAGUGCAGGAGGAGCUGCAGAGAGGGCAGGGGUGCCCCCUGGGGCCCGACUGCUAGAAGUGAAUGGGGUCAGUGUGGAGAAGUUCACUUCCAGCCAGCUCAAUAGGAAGCUUUGGCAGAGUGGAGAUCAGGUGACUCUGCUGGUGGCAGGGCCUGAGGUAGAGGAACAGUGUCACCAACUGAGAAUGCCUCUUGCUGCACCACUGGCAGAGGGCUGGGCACUGCCCGCUAGGCCCCGAUGUCUAAACAUGGAGAGAGGACCUCAAGGCUUUGGGUUCCUGCUCCGGGAGGAGAAGGGCCCAGAUGGUCGCCUCGGGCAGUUCUUGUGGGAGGUGGAUCCAGGACUGCCAGCUGACAAGGCUGGGAUGAAGGCUGGAGACCGCCUGGUGGCUGUGGCUGGGGAAAGCGUGGAUGGGCUGGGCCAUGAGGAAACAGUGUCUUUGAUCCGAGCACAGGGCUCCUGUGUCUCCCUCAUUGUCGUCGACCCUGAGGCUGACCGCUUCUUCAGCAUGGUACGCCUGUCCCCCCUUCUCUUCUUGGAGAAUGCAGAGACUGCUGCCUCUCCUCUGGCAGAAACCAAGGAUCAUCCCGUUGAAGACACAGUUGAAUCUUCUGGCCUUGCUGACUCCCGCCAAUGCUUCUUGUACCCUGGGCUGGGAGGUGGCUAUGGAUUCAGACUCUGCCAUGUGGCCGGUGCGCCUUAUCUAUUCAUCUCCCAGGUGACUCCAGGAGGCUCAGCUGCCCGGGCAGGGCUGCAAAUAGGAGAUACAGUUUUGGAGGUGAACGGAUAUCCUGUGGGUGGAGACAAUGACCUGGACUGGCUUCAGCAGCUGGCCGAGGCUGAGCCACCCCUCUGCCUGAAGCUGGCAGCUAGGAAACCAGAGGACUUGAAAGCCUGGAUUUCCUCAAAGUCUGGGCAGGACUGGACUGUGGCUUCAGAGUUGCUAUAAGACACCCCUGCUUGGCAUAGACUUGCCUAGUGACUCUUACGCCAUUGCUCUGCACCCUGAGGGGGAGGGAGCCAGGAACGGUCUCUCCCAGCUGGAAGUGGGAGCUGGAGGAUUCAGACGCCACUGAUCACAGUACUGCCAGGGGCCUUCUUCCCUGCUCAUGAGCCUACCUCCAGCAGAGGGGUGUGGACAGAACCUCAAUGGGGAGCCUGAGUCUCCAUUGGCUGUUAUGUGGAAGUUUUCAGGAGGUUCACCCCUCCUGUCCUAAAGAUGAAGUUCUGCCCAAGAAGGUGAAGCUGUGGAGCCACUUAGGAUUAAGGCCACUGAGAACUUAGACUAGAUAUGACUCCACUGUCACAUGGCACAAGGAUUGGAGCCAUAUCUUCCUUCUGCGGACAUCUUAGAAUAAUCUUGGGAGCAUGUUCCUGGGCACUGUAAUCAUGUUACAGCCUUUCACGGUUGGCUGGUGAGUUGGCUUGGUAGGUAAAGGUGCUGGCUGCUAAGCCUGAUAGCCUGAGUUCAGUCCCCAGAACCCCAUGGUAGAAGGAGAGCCAACUCCUGGAAGUUACCCUCUGAGCUCUCUUUAUGUGAGCACCUUAGAAUGCCACCAUCCAAAUAAAUAAAUACACACAUACACACACACACACAUACAAACAAAUCUGGCUUUGUUUUUUUUGUUGGUCAGGAUAAGCCAAGGUAGCUUAAAGGGACCAAAGUGCUCCAUGCUUAAGGGAAUGGGAUCUAGUAGAACCUUGUCUAUCUCUUAUCAUUCAGUGUUUAGGACAAUGGGACAAUGGGUUAGCCUAGAACAUAGAUGUCCUCUCGACAGCAAUUUCUCACUGCCCAAAGCCACAAUCCACAGUUCUAUUGAAUUCUACAUCAAGUUGCUUUAUUGAUAGGCCUCGGAGAUUAGAAGCCUCAAAGAUCCAGGGGGUUGAGACCAAAUUGACGCAGCUGCUCCUUGUGCCUGGCGUGGAGUUUCAGCACAGCUGCAUCCCAUUGAGGCUUGACCACUUUCAGCUUGGCCAAGAGACAGUCCAGGGUGUCCUGUAAACACCAAGAGUUCAGCUUCCAGGGAGAGAGGGAGGGGUGAAUGUUGCUGCAAGAUGCCUAGCUUGGUUAGUAAGAGUUCUUUGCCAAAAGCUCCUUCCUUCCUUCUUUCCUUCCUUCCUUCCUUCCUUCCUUCCUUCCUUCCUUCCUUCCUUCCUUCCUUCCUUCCUUCUUUCCCUCCUUCCUUUUAAAAAAUAUUCUUGCCUUGUAGUCCAGGCUGCCUUUGCAUUCAUAAUUCCCCUGCCUCAGCUUCCUAAGUGCUAGAUUGCAAGCAGGAACCACCAUGCCUGGCUGCCUAUUGUUUUUCUCUCUCUUUUUCUUUUUCUUUCUUCAACAGUCAGGAUUGUACCUGAGGAGUCACAGAUGCUAGGUGAGCACCCGGUCACUGAGCUGUAUAUCCAGUCCACUUUUUACUUUUUAUUUUGAGAUGUAGUUUCUUACCAUACUGCCUAUGCUCAUCUUGAACUCUGUACCUAGGUUGGCCUUGAAUCUACAAUAGUUCUGUGUCAGCCUCCUGAGUGGCAGUAUUACAAGCCUGUGCUACUUCUUUUCUUCCCAUUUUGGCCAGAGCUCUACCAUCAGCCUCUAUGGCUAUCCUCUGAUUAUUUUGAGUCUAGGUCUCACUGUGUAGCCGUUAUACAGUACACUGUAGCCCAUGUUGCCCUUGAAGUUGAAAUCUUCCUGCCUUAGCCACGCAAGUACUGGGAUUACAAGUCACUGGCUCUGUCAGUGGUUGUGCCUUCUGUUUAUGCUUAGGCUAAAGCAUGGCUUCCUUGGGUUGUUGUCAUUACACCAGCUGGGGGCGUAGGGAUGGAGGGCUAUCGGCUACUGAGAAGAUAGCCUCCAGGAAGUGAUGCUUACAUGUAAGACUUCCUCAUAUUUGGCCUCCAUGUCUGCCACAUGGGCACGAAGCUGAGCCAGGGUUCCAUCUUGUUCUCUGAGGGCUUGCUCAGCCUCCUCCUUUGCUGUCUUAGCUUCCCUUUGGCACGUUUCUAGGGAUCAGAAGGAUAAAGUUAGACAGGAUAGUGAUGUUAUACCAAGAACAACAGUAACUAAAGGCACCUGGAAAGGACACCUUUACAGAGGCCAUUACAGGGUCCCAGGGUCGUCAGCUUUCUUGGAGUCUCUAAAGACUCACUGAGAGCCAGGCAUGGUGGUACAUGCCUGUAAUCCCAGCACUCAGGGAGGCAGAGGCUGGUCUGGUCUACAAAGCAAGUCUAAGACAGCCAAGGCUACACAGAGAAACCCUGUCUUGAAAAACAAACAAACAAACAAACAAAGACUCGCUAAGCUACAGCAGUGGCAGGAUGAGUAGAGGCGUGGGACAGUCUGAUGCCCAUUAUACAGAGGAGGACAAGUCUCUCUGAGUCUCCAUGUCUUGACUUUGUUUGUUUUGCUUAAGACAGGAUCUUAUAUAGCUCAGGCUGGCCUUAAAUUCUUCAACCUUAAAAUCCAGAUCAUCUUGCCCCUACCUUUCACCACUGGGAUUACAGACUUGUACUACCUCACAUGGUUCAGUUUUUGUUUUGUGUUUUUUGUUUUUUUUUUACCUUCAUACAUUUAGUUUUUAUAUAUGGAUUUUAAAAAACAUUUUAUUUGUUUCUCUCCCUUCUUCCCCCCUCCCUCUUGGUGUGUGUGUAGGUGACUGUGGGGGUCAGAAGAAGGCAUUAGAUCCCCUCGGGCUGGAGUUACAGAUGGUUGUGAACCAGUGCUCGUAAGGGCUGAGCCAACUCUCAUAGAGGCCAACUUUAACCCCUAACAUAGAGGUUUGUGCCACUGAAGUCUCAGAGGCAAGUUAGGGUGAAGGUGACCCUAGUUAAAAUUCAACCAACAGUACAUUGUAGGCAUCUGGAGAAGUCCCUUCCACGCUGGACUUGUCAGUGAGCCUGGGAAGGAAAAGGCAAGGGGUGGGAGACUACCCAGCUGCUGCCGUAGACCUCUCACUUCCUCUUCCAGGUGCUUGCUUCGGGUCCCCAACUCCUCUCGCAGGGCUCGAUGCUGGCGGCUCAUCUCUGUGGUGGGAGCAAUAGGCAGCAGGAACCCAGGGGAAAGUCUCAGUCAAGGGACAGAGCUAAGAAACUUGGGAGACCUUGAAAAUUUGAGGGAUAGGAAACUAGACCCCUCCCCCAUCCCAGCUUAGGAGGGGGGAUUCUGGGCCUUUCUUCCCACUCACUCUCAAAGAUUAAAAAGAUAAGGGUUGUGGCUGCAUUUUGUGCAUUAGACAUUCUAGAAUGUGAUGAUCCUCAUUCUAUCAGGGAUCUAUCUUUAGCUGUCUUUAGCACAGGAUCUUGCCUGUGCACGGAAGGUAGAGAGUAGGUACAGCAGUUGGAAUCCCUCUUCAUUUCCCUUCUUUGAAUUCCCUGGCUCUCUUGGUUGGCCUUUUCCAGGCACCUGCCUCCUACCCACUUGAUCAUUCAGUCAAACACACCUGCAUAUACAGCCUUUCCUUCACUCUGGGCUUUUUCCAGUUCAGCUUCCAGGCCCUGUAACCUCUGCUUAAGCCUGUCUUCAGAAGCCUUGGCUCGGCGAGCCUCCUCCCUCUGUAGAGCUGUGAAUAGCAUCAGAGAUGUGCUCAGGUCUGGCUUAGGAUCUCACAGAAUCAAUCACCAUAACCUCGAUGAACUUGCUUAUCUCUGGGAACUUGGUGGCAGGUGUCAACCUCUUAUGCAGUGUCUCUUCCCGCCACCUCCUAAAACCCAUGGAGUGUUCAUUCCUAAGAAGUCAAUAUUCUCUCCAUGUUCUGGCUACUAAAAGACAAUGGCUUCCCUGAGCUGCAAGUUAGCUCCAUGGUAGACUACUUACCCAUGGAUGAGGUUGUGGUUCCAUUCUCAGUGCCAGGGGGAGAAGAACUUCUUCAUGAAUUGGCACUGCCUACCCCUUCCUUACAGUCUUUGCCAACAGAAUGGCUGGCUUGGUUUAGCCCUGCACAUGGUUCAACCUUCCAGUUUCCCAAGACCCCAGAAAUGUUCCAUGUGCCAUAUGCUGGAUGCACAGUUUUAUCUCAACUUGACACAAGCUAGAGUCAUCAGAGAGGAGGGACCCUCACCUGAGAAAAUGCCUCCAUAAGAUCUGGCUGUGGGCAAGCCUAUAAGGCAUUUUCUUAAUCAGGGGCCUGAUGGGGAAGGCCCCUCCCAUUGUGGGUGGUGCUUUCCCUCAGCUGGUGGUCCCGGGUUCAAUAAAAAAGGAGGUUGAGCUGCCUGGCACCAUGGCUCACACCUGUAAUCCUAACACUCGGGGAGGCAGAGGCAGGUGGAUCUCUGUGAGUUCGAGGACAGCCUGGUUUACAAAGCAAGUCCAGAACAGCCAAGGCGACACAGAGAAAGCCUGUAUCAAAAAACCAAGAAGAGGCUGUGUGGUGGUUAUGCAUGCCUUUAAUCCCAGCACUUAGGCAAGUGGAACUGUAUGAGUUUGAGGCCAGCCUGGUCUACAGAGCAAGUUCCAGGACAGCCGGAGCUAUACAGAGAAGACCUCCCUUGAAAAACCAAAACAAAAAACAAAAAACAAAAAGCAAGAUGAGCAAGCCAUAGGGAGCAAAACAGUAAGCAGCACCCCCGCCCCGGCCUCUAUCAGUUCUUGCCUCAAAGUUCCUGCCUUGUUUGAGUUCCUGUCCUGACUUCCUCCAAUAAUAAACAGUGCUUUGGAAAUAAA